AUGGUUUACCCAUUGCUAUUCCCCCACGGAGAGCAAAGCUGGGGGAUAGACAUACCUUUGCAACUUCGGCCACAAGCCUUAAAGGAUUUAACAAAGCAGCCGCGUACACCAAGAGUCCGAGUCACCCAGAUGCAAUACUAUGGCUACCGUCUAUCCAUCAGAGACAAUAUAAACCCCUUCCUAAAUGCUGGAUGCCUAACACAGCAAUACAUCGUAGAUGCUUAUGUGAAGACAGAGGCCAAUAGACUCAAUUUCAUCCGACAAAAUCAGCCAAAAUUGAGAGUGGAGAAAUACUCUGGAUUGAUGGACCACUUAAAUGAAACAGCCACUGCAACAGGCCUCAUUCCCGGGAAGACAUUUAUCUUGCCAUCCUCAUUUGCAGGUAGCCCUAGAAACAUGCUCCAGAACUAUCAGGAUGCCCUGGCGAUUGUAAGAAAGUACGGCAAACCAGAUCUCUUCAUAAAAAUGACAUGCAACCCCAAUUGGAGUGAAAUUGUAGAAAACCUUGAACAUGGCCAAGCAGCUGCAUCACGACCAGAUUUAGUGGCAAGAGUCUUCCACCUAAAACUUAAAUCAUUGAUUGAUGACAUCUGCAAACAGAAUAUAUUUGGAACACCCACAGCCAUGGUGUACGUCAUCGAGUUCCAGAAAAGAGGAUUGCCACAUGCACACAUACUGCUAAUCCUGACAGAAAACCACAAACCAAAAACUGACGCGUGCAUAGACAGUAUAGUUUCUGCAGAAAUCCCAGACAUUGACAAAACACCACAACUUCAUGCAAUCAUCACAAAACAUAUGAUUCAUGGACCAUGCGGAACUCACAAUAGGCAAUCACCAUGUAUGUCAAAUGAAAAAUGCACCAAAGAUUUCCCAAAAGAUUACCAAGAACAGACUAUUUCAAACAGCAACAGAUAUCCCAAAUACAGAAGAAGAAACAUUGGAGAGAGCAAAAUACACAGAGGAAAACCAAUUGAUAACAGGUGGGUUGUACCCUAUAACCCCUUUCUAGCCCUUAAAUACAACUGCCACAUCAACGUCGAAGUCUGUGCAUCAAUUAAGAGUGUGAAAUACCUUUUCAAAUAUGUCUACAAGGGCCAUGAUUGCGCAAAUGUCCUAAUCCAAGAACCAAACACUUUGACCCAUGAUGAAAUCAAGACCUACAUGGAUUCACGUUAUGUCAGCACCCCAGAAGCAGCAUGGCGACUAAAUGGCUUCGAGAUGCAUUACCAAUCCCAUACAGUACAUAGACUGGCAGUGCAUCUCCCAGACGAACAAGCAGUAAUCUUCAACCCAGAAGACAUUGGCGCAGCAACGGACAGAGCAGCAAGCCGUGAAACACAAUUAACAGCAUGGUUCAAAUUAAAUCAGCAAGACGAGAAGGCAAGACACAUAUUAUACGCAGACAUCCCAGUAUAUUAUGUCUUUGACAAAGCAAACAACACAUGGAAAAUUAGGCAACGUGGGGCUGAAAAAGUGAUUGGCAGAAUGUAUUCAGUGCAUUUGCAAACAGACCAAGAGCGCUAUUGCCUACGCCUCCUACUGCUACAUGUGUCAGGAGCCACAUCCUAUGAAAACCUCAGAAGCGUGGAUGGCAUUGAAUAUCCAACUUUCCAAGAAGCAGCAAAAACGAGAGGCCUCAUAAAUGAUGAAAAGAUCUGGGAUAGUACACUUGAAGAUGCAGCACAAUACAACAUGCCCACGCAAAUCAGAGAACUCUUUGCCUACAUCUGUCACAAUAAAGAUUGCACAGUCUGUCGUGACCUUGCCCGCCAAGAAAUUUCAAAAAUAUUAACAAUCCAUGGGAAGAAAUGCACAGACUACGGCUUUACAUACAACAUACAUAAUAUAGAACACCUUAACGAUGCGUACAACCAAGCCUAUGAACAACAAACCGCAGAACAGAUGUCAAACACCUUCAAUGAUGAACAAAGAACAGCCAUGGAAGAAAUUAUAACAGCUAGCCAAAACGAUGAGCUACAACACCGAUGCUUUUUCUUGGACGGCCCAGGAGGGAGUGGAAAGACAUACUUAUACAGAACCAUACUCAGCACAAUUCGCGGCCAGAAUGAACUCGCGCUCCCUGUAGCCUCCACAGGAAUAGCAGCAAACCUUCUGCAAGGCGGCAGGACAUAUCACUCACAAUUCAAACUGCCAGUACCAAUACUUAAAACCUCCGUGUCUAACAUGCGCCUCAAUUCCCAAGAUGCAAAACACAUAAAGAAAGCCAGAAUAAUCAUUUGGGAUGAGUCAACAAUAACACCCACUCAAGCAAUAACAGCAGUAGACAAACUAAUGAAGGAGAUCAUGGAGAACAACAAGCCCAUGGGUGGAAAAUUAUUUUUACUGGGAGGGGAUUUCCAACAGACACUACCAGUAGUGCCACACGGAACCCAAACCCAUAUUGUCAAGGCCUGCAUAAAAUUCAAUACACUAUGGCACACAUUCAAGAUCCUAAGACUACACAACAAUAUAAGAUCCAAAGACCCAGACUUCAGCAAGUGGCUAAUCACAGUAGGCAGCGGAGAUACACCACGCAUUGAGGGAUUACCAGAAAACAUCAUUGAGAUCCCAUCAAACAUCAUAUGCAGAACAGACAUCGUGAAAGAAAUUUUCGGGGAACAAAUACAAGUCCAAAACAUCCAACACAUAGCAAGAAGAUCCAUCCUAUGCCCAAAGAACAGUGAUGUAGACACCAUCAAUGACCAGGUACUCAGCAUAUUGGAGGGUGAAGAAAUAACUUAUCACAGUGCAGACUCAAUAGAUGACACCACUGAGGAAGAUGCCAAAAACUACCCAACAGAGUUCCUGAAUAACCAAACACCCGCAGGAAUGCCAAAACAUACACUCACUCUGAAAGUGGGCGCAAUAAUAAUGCUUCUAAGAAACCUAAACACAAGAAAAGGAUUAUGCAAUGGAACCCGCCUAAUUGUAACAAGCCUAGAAAAGAAUAUCAUCAUAGGACAAGUAAUCACUGGUUCAGCACAAGGAAACAUGGUCUUCAUCCCAAGAAUAGAUUUAGCACCAACAUGCACCGACCUACCAUUCACCUUACGAAGACGACAAUACCCCAUAAAAUUAGCAUUCGCAAUGACAAUUAACAAGUCACAAGGACAAACCCUUGAGAAAGUCGGAAUCUAUUUGCCAGAACCAGUGUUCAGCCAUGGACAAUUAUAUGUAGCGCUGUCAAGAAUGCAAAGCUUUAAAGACGUCGUGGUCAGGGUGCUGGAAGGCCCAGAACAAGGAAGACUAAUAGCAGGCUCGGAACAAAUAUUCACCAAGAAUGUAGUGUAUAACGAAAUACUAUGA